CACAUUUACGAUUGUACUUUGCUAUUGGGUAAACGUUAUCUCAUAACUGGAUAUUACGAUUAUAAGAAGAAAUCACAAGAGUUCCAAGCAUGGAAUCUCAACGCAAUUUAGAUCAAACCAUGGCAGCCAUUCGUGAAAUAUCGGCCAGCCAAUUGGAUACAUUACUAAAAUUUGACAGCCCCCCUGAAACCCCAAUUGAUGAAGAACUACUUAAUGCACUUAACCAACCGGAUAGUAAUGGCUCGCAGAGGAGUUCCAAUAGCAAUGUUUUGGAAUUCAAUCGUGAGUCUCUACCUUCCGGCAGUGAAUUCGAAAUACGUGAUUUUAAUUAUCAUAGAGAUGAAAUGAACGCACUGGAUGAAUCUAUGCACCUAUGGUCGUCUUGUCGUGAAGCGUCUGUUGUUAUGUCAACACCACAUAUUGAACAGAUUAUCUUAGAUGAGACUGAUAACUGUACUAAGAAUGUUAAUGAAGAGAAGCAAUCGGACAAAUCAAAAGACUUAGUAGGGCCGGCUGAAUUCACCUUAUUUAAGGGAAAUAAAUCUUUUGAUUUAGACUUACCUUCUAUGGAUGAUGUCGAUUUUGGAAAAAUAACCGCCUUAGAACAGACUUAUACCGCUAAAUUAACCAAGAAUAACACAUUCGAAAGAAAGUGUCAAACACAAGGAAUAAUUCAACCUGAACUGAUGGCGAAUGAGGGAUUAGCGGCAUCUUGUCCCAACUUUCGUUUGAAGCAUACGUUGUCUGUGCCUUCUGAAAGCUCAAACAAUGUUUUGGAUAAACUAACUUUAGAGUACGGAGAAUCAAUAACCACGGAAUCGUGCCAAAAUUCUAAUGAUCUUGAGCAACGUGAAGUUGAAGAUAUGUUGGGAUUUACUCCCAAUCAAGAAUCGUACCCUGGCGAAGACGAAGACAAUGACUUAAAUGUUACGGUUGAACCGAACGAAAACGCAACCACGGAUGCGUCUUCGAUUCCUAAAUCAGUUAAACAAUUGUACGAUGUUAUUAAAACCAAAUAUACAGAUUUUGCUUUUAUUUAUGCUUUGAGUGCCCAGCUAUGCCAGGAUCGUAUACCCAUGGAUUGUUUUGUUACCUUGAAGAUGGGUUUAUUAUUGAGUUUAGCUUCCAUAGGGCCUAAUGCUGAUAUACCUCCCAUACCUCUAAUUGUUAUUGGAAACGACAGUUAUACGAUAAAUUAUUUAAUGAAGAAAGUCGGUCAGUUGGCCACUCGUUUUGUCGGACCAAUUGAUGAUAUGAAACCGUGCAAUACUAAUGGUUUUCGCAAUCAUAAUUGGAUUGAGGCCAAUCCCAUACUGUUAGCCGACGGCGGUGUGUGCUACGUGGGUGAUUGGUCUCGCAUCAAAUCGGCCAACGCGGAACGCGUAUUUAAAACUCUGGAAAGUGGACGCGUACCUAUCGACAAGUCGACAUUAAAUUAUCCUUUGCAAACUGCCAUUUGGGCUCAUUGGCGUUCAUUUAAAUACAAUUCCAACGAUCAGCAAACGUUUAAUAAAUUUGUUAAGAUUUUUGGUUUACCAAUUUACGCUGCCGAAGAUAAUCACGAUGCUUUGGUUAACUAUACCUUAGAACAAGCGUCACUGCGUUUAUUUGAAUCAACUAUAGAUCAUUUAUCGAUUACUACCGAAGAUAUGCGCAGUUUUUUGGUUAUUAUCUCUGAACGCACUGUCGAUUGGACACCUGAUGCUACCAAAUUAUUAAAAAGUUAUUUUGUGGCUUGUCGAGCAACCAGACAAGAUUGCCUAACCAAACAAGCUUUCGUGUUACUUAAACAAUUCGCUGAAUCCUUUGCUAAAUUAUCGAUGCGUCAUGACGUUGAACUUAUUCAUGCUGUAGGUGCCAUUAUUAUGUGCGAACAUUUUAUAGAACAUGUAUAUGGUGUAAACGAUAAUCAUCCGCCGCAUUUUGGAGCGGUUACAUUUAUUACUAUUGUUGAUGAAUAUGUCGACCAAUUUCAACAGUGGCUGGAUUCAUUUGUAAAAAAGUACGGCAACACGUAAUUGAAGUAACUUUUAUUACAAUUUAUAAACA